AUGGGUGGUGCGGCUAAAAACCGUCGUGCAAAAAAAAUAAAACUACAACAAGUCGCCCAAGAAUCAAAAAUAAUUACUGCAUUUUUUAAUAAACAAACAAAACCUGAACCAAUUGAUGCACAAUUAAUACAACAACCUGCAGUUGUAUUACAGUUGGAAAAAUUAAUCGAAGAACAAGAAUAUUCAGUUGAUUAUCCUGAUGAUCACGAUAGAUCUGUUAGUUUGAAUAUUGAACAACCAGUUCCAUUUACAAAUGAAGAUGAUACAAAUGAUACAAUGGACAAUAUGGAUGUAGUGCCAAGAUCAGCAGUUGAUGUUUUUAUUCCUACAAUUGAAAAACAACACAUGUGUGAUCCAGUUCAAUUGCCUACAAAUGCAUUUCAAGAAAAUUAUGAUAUUUCUUUAUCAAAAAAUGAUGAACUAGUUCAGCCAGAAAUGUUAUUCCCUGCUACCAAUGGUCGACGAUUUACAAGUAGACAUUAUAAAGUUUACAACUGGAUAGAGUAUUCUGUAUCAAAAGAUGAAAUUUUCUGUUUUUCAUGCCUUCAUUUUUCUGCCAACAUCAUAGCCUCUGGAAAAACUGCAGGUAAUUUAUGUUUUGUUAAUUAUGGUUCAAAAUGUAAAAAUUGGAAGGAACAAACCUUAUCUUUGAACAAUCAUCAGAGAUGUAAGACUCAUGUUAUCUGUGUACAGCGUUGGAACGAUUAUCUUCUAGUUCAAAAAAACCAUUCACUAUCUAUCGCUAAUCAAGUUAAUAACGUACGACAACGAAAUAUUAUUGAAAAUAGAGAACACUUAAAAUUCUUACUUAAGGCGGCACUUUUUCUGUCAAAACAGGGUUUAGCAUUUCGUGGACAUAAUGAGUCUGAUAUUUCUAAAAACAAAGGGAAUUUAUUAGAAAUUUAA